AUGUCUCCCAGGACCAGCAAUACCCCUGAAAGGGUAUCUCUCUCUCAUUCCAGACAGACCUCCAUGGUUCAAGGAAUUUCAAAUCUGGCCUCCCGCUCCAUUCAGGAUGAUGAAUUGUCAAGCCAAGACAACUCAUCGCUGUGUUCAAGUAUUCAAACAGCCCAUGGAAACCCACAGGAUCUCAAGGACUGGACCUUGAAUGAUGCAGAGCCAAUUGACCAGGCUAUGUCCUCAUCAAAACCAGAAUCUGCCGAAGUGCACAUGCUGUCUUUCUCGCUGUCCCAGCAGCUGAUGACCCCGACAGUUGGACCAAAUGAUGUGAUGUACCCAGGAGUGGACUUCCCAGCAGUCCCAGACUUGAAUGACCACAAUGAAGUGCCCCGGGAAUUUUUCUCCUCCUUCGUGGACCUUUCCUCCAUGGAUAACGAUGUCUGUGUGCAGAGCGGCACAUCGGAUGAUGCGCUCUCCGUCGGGCAUAGCUCCCACACUGAGGAUGGCCAAUUGACAUGGAAUUCCAUGAUGUCUGAUAACCAAUACCCUGGAACAACCUUGGAUCAACUCUCUUCUGGUCUCUUCCAGUCUGUUCCAGUCUCGCCACCUCUGACGGAAGCUAGCAAUGAUGUUUCUGUUACUUCUUGUUCUCACCCGGGAUUUCCUUCAUUUCUGGCCCAUGAUGAUACCCUCAUCGGAGACUUUACCUCGCCGAUUGGCACACAAGGAAUCAACCCAUCAGAUCCGCUGUUUCCCAGUGCCUCUCUCAACGAAGGAGACCCCAAUAGGACUAUUCGACCUUCGAAGCCGUCUCGCCGGGCUGCAUUGCCAGCUACAUCCCAGCCCCAAGGAAAGACCGACCCGGAUUUCUUCCCUCCUCUUCCGGCGAGAGAGAGUCGCCACAAGUCCAAGGAUAGUUCCGAGGUCCGCAACCCGCGGGAACAUCACUUCUACUCCAUGCCCACCCACAGUGAUGGAAAGUAUUACUGCCCUUUUGCCUCUGGAGACAAGCCUUGCAGCCACCCGCCAACCACGCAAAAAUGCGCCUACCAGUACGUGCCCUUCUUGGAAAUGAAUCUCAAUUCAAAAGCUAAUUCAGGUGACAACAGCAAAUACCUGGAUUCCCACCUGAAGCCAUACCGAUGCAGGGUUCCCACCUGCAUGGAUGCCCAGCUGCGGUUCUCAUCCAAUGCGUGUCUGUUCCGCCAUGAGCGCGAAGCCCACGGAUUGCAUGGCCAUGGGGACAACCCACACCUCUGCCUCUGGGAGGGAUGCGAACGAUCCGUGCCCGGAUAUGGAUUUCCCCGGAGAUGGAACCUCUUUGACCACAUGCGGCGGGUGCACGACUACGCCUCAUCUGAGCGCCACAGCUCCCCUGAGACAUCCCCGGGUGCCGCCCAGCCCAAGAAGAAGGAGCCCACUGGCCGCAAGAGGCGAGGUGUCACGGGUGCCACCCCGGCGCCGACCAUGAAACGCACUCGCUCCGUCCACUCCCAGGUUGGAUCCGUCAAGGCCGCACAUACCUCGCCCCACAAUGGCCAGCGACUGCAGAACGCCGAGCGCAACUACUACAAGUGCCGCUCGCGUCUGCUCGAGGAGCUGGGCAGUAUCACCCCACAGGAUACCUCGAUGCACGAGAAGGUCAAUGCCAGCCUCCAGGAAUUAUUCACACUGGGAUUGAACUACCGUCACAUCGAAGCCAGUGAGGCCUUUACCCAGAUUCCCAAUGGAUUGCCCGCGUGA